AUGAGGUCGGUUGAGCGGUCCGACCAAUGAUUCCAAAAGUCGGCUUUCUCUGUCUGGGUUUUGCAUAUUUAACACAUCUUGCCCUUGAAAACGUCAGAUAUGUUGUCUUCUGAUGAUUUCUCCAACUCAAAUUCUCUCCCUGUCGAUAACAUGCCAACCAAAAUGGCGACACGCUGUAAAGACAUGGCGGUGUUGGUAACCGUUUACGUAGAGAAGCCCCGGAGGAGAGUUUCAUCAAACAACCAACACCACCGUCAACGCCAUUAUCUUCAUCACACCAUCAAGCAAGAGCAGAUUAAGCAUGGAGGCACAGGUAAAGUGUACAACAGAAGAGCUGAGCUUCUUCAUUACUCCCAGCGCCUUAGGGAGUCUGCUCGAUCAGCGGCGUCCACACCCUCGCAGUCAAAACCAGUUUCUACCAAUGAUCAGCAAGCAUCAAACAAGAUUGUCGCUGUCCAAAGUAAGCCAAAAUAUUCCAAGACUCCCGCUUGUUUUGACAACUGGGGAAUCUUGAUCCCAAGUUUUCUUAGGUCUUUGACGACCCUCCGAGCCAAGAAAACUGGGAAGAAAAAACAGCACGUUGGAUCCACAUCAAGCAAUAGUAGUAUGAUGAAAGCUGCAAUGACAAGCUUACAGAUGCAAAAGAAGUGGAGAUUCUUCUCAAAACCGAUCUCGAUGUUGCACAAGCAUCGAUAAAACUCCAAUUUUGCUUGCGUCUUGAUUGUAAUUUUUGAUAGAGGUGACUUUUUGGUUUGAAAUGCAUCGAAAAAUACAAGAUUAUGUAUUAAAGAUGAAAAUCUAUAUACACAUCAGGAUGCAUUCACUUGUAACUUGUAGAAAUGGUGAUUUCUCUUCAUUGAACAAGUAUGUGAUGACAAUUAUUUGAU